AUGUCUACCGAAAACAGUAACAGCGGCAAGAGGAACGGAUCCGAGGUCAACACACCAAAUCCAACCGUUCCAUUGAAGAGAUCAAGACUUGGAUUGGAUGGGAACGACGCUCUGGAACUCAGCGUGACCCCAUUACAGACCAGGGUUGCCUCUCCAUGCACCUUGAACCCACCUAUAGAUAGCGACGGACUCUCGUGGCCAUCCAAGGGUGCCCGUCUGCGUAUUGAACAGACACCAGAAGAAGCCAAGGCUAGAGAAGAGCGUAUUGCCGGGGCCGUGAAAACCAUUUUGAACGAACUUGGGGAAGACACAGACAGAGAAGGAUUACUUGAAACUCCUGAACGUUACGCACGUGCCAUGUUGUACUUCACCAAGGGAUACGAAGACAACAUCCGCGAUGUGAUCAAGCGUGCCGUUUUCGAAGAAGACCAUGAUGAAAUGGUCAUUGUAAGAGACAUCGAGAUCUAUUCUCUCUGUGAACAUCAUUUAGUACCAUUCUUCGGGAAGGCACACAUUGCCUACAUUCCAAACAAGCGGGUUCUUGGGUUGUCCAAGUUGGCCAGACUUGCCGAAAUGUACGCCAGACGGUUCCAAGUACAAGAAAGAUUAACCAAACAGAUUGCCAUGGCCUUGAGCGAGAUCUUGAAACCAAGAGGUGUCGCAGUGGUGAUCGAAGCCACACACAUGUGCAUGGUCAGCAGAGGGGUACAAAAGACCGGAUCUCUGACUACCACCAGUUGCAUGUUGGGCUGUUUCAGAGGACAGCAAAAGACCAGAGAAGAGUUCUUGACCUUAUUGGGUAGAAAGUAG